AGACGUCGAGCAUUUGGAUUUCUCUAGCGAAGUGACCAUAUGAUCCUUCAUCCUAGUUUGGAUUAGUAUCUAUCCACGGGUGUGUUGCUUGUUUAGUUCAUACUCUCUUGCUAAAAUCGAUCAUCUAGUUAUUGCUUCAAUUUGCAACAGUUCCUCGGUCCUCUUCCACCAAUAAUUUCCAUUCUACGCAUUACAGAUAAUCAAGAACGAACGAAAUUCUUACCUUUGAUUAGAUUUCCUCUUCAUUGAUCCGCAAGACACCACCGUACGUAUUGCCGGAGAAGGAUGCUGGGCAGCCGGAUAUGGCAGAGGACGGUUUGGGGCUUCCGCCGGCGAUGCUUCUGUCCUUACAUCUCCCUUAGCUCAUCUCCGCCGAAGCAAAACACUCCGUUUCGGAAGCUCUUCUCUGGGUCUUCUUUUGGCUCCGCUCCAGCGUCAUUUACGCGGCCCAGAGCUCUAGAUAACAUAAAUUUCAAUGUUUUGUAUAUGAAGACAUGCUACUUUUCCACUGAAGCCGUGGCAGUUCUUCCUGCGGGUGAGAUGGUUGACGUUCCCCUGGCACAAACAGGUGAAGGUAUUGCAGAAUGUGAGCUUCUCAAGUGGUUUGUUCAAGAGGGGGAUCAUGUUGAAGAAUUUCAACCACUUUGUGAAGUUCAAAGCGAUAAAGCAACCAUAGAAAUUACAAGUCGUUACAAGGGGAAAGUUGCUCAUCUUCUCUUUGUUCCUGGUAAUAUUGUCAAGGUUGGGGAAACUCUUGUAAAGUUAAUAGUUAAUGAGGCUCCACCAUCAGGAAUCAUUUCUAGAAAUUCAGAGAAUCUAAAGUCACCUAACUCUGAUGAUGAGAAAGGUAAUGAAGGUGGAGUUCUAUCAAUACCUGACAAUGAAAAAGGUAAACGAGGUGGAGUUCUAUCAACACCAGCUGUACGGUGCCUAGCAAAAGAACAUGGUAUAGACAUAAAUGAUGUUUGUGGAACCGGAAAAGAUGGUAGGGUUUUAAAAGAGGAUGUUCUUAAGUAUGCUGUCAUGAAAGGAAUCAUAAAAGAUCAAUCUGCUUCCUUGAAUGCUGAUUAUGGAAAUCAGUCUCAGCCUGUGGCACGAAAGAACUCUGAUGCAACAGCUAAAUUUGAAUGGACUUUUGAAGACAGGAUUGUUCCCCUUAGGGGAUUCCAACGGGCAAUGGUGAAAACAAUGACUAUGGCUUCCAAAGUCCCACAUUUCUAUUAUGUAGAUGAGAUAACCUGUGAUGCCCUAGUGGAGCUUAAAACAUCUUUUCAGAAUAACAAUACUUCUCCUGAUGUCAAGCACACUUUCCUUCCCUUAUUAAUUAAAUCUCUCUCAAUGGCCAUGAUAAAAUAUCCCUUGAUGAAUAGUUGCUUUAAUGAAGAGUCAGUGGAGGUCAUACUCAAAGGUUCGCACAACAUUGGAGUUGCCAUGGCUACUCCAAAUGGUUUAGUUGUACCAAACAUAAAAAAUGUUCAGUCUCUUUCCAUCUUGGAGAUAACCAAAGAACUGUCAAGACUGCAACAAUUGGCGUUGGAUAACAAGCUUAAUCCUGAGGAUAUAUGUGGGGGGACAAUUACUUUAAGCAACAUUGGAGCAAUUGGUGGGAAGUUUGGUUCCCCACUUCUCAAUCUGCCUGAAGUAUCCAUUAUUGCAAUUGGUCGCAUUCAGAAAGUUCCGCAAUUGGCAGAUGACGGGAGUGUGUAUCCUUCAUCACUCAUGACUGUUAAUAUUGGUGCGGAUCAUAGAGUGCUGGAUGGAGCAACCGUUGCCAGAUUUUGCAAUGAAUGGAAAAACUUAAUUGAAAAUCCAGAGCUUCUCUUGUUGCACUUAAGAUGAUACAUUAUUGAAUAUUUUUCUCUGCCGUUUGUCUUAAGAUCAAGAGUAAGAUGAUGUUGUUGACAUAAAGGAGCGCCGACACUUUCCAGUUACGCAGUUCUGAUUAGUUUAUAAAUAUUAUGGCCUCUUCUCUCUU